GAAGUCAUGGAUGUACCUGUCAACGUUCAAGUCGACCCAAAUGAGGAUACGGAGUGGAACGAUAUCCUUCGCAAGCACGGCGUCAUUCCCGAGAAACCACCUUCACCGACGCCCUUGAUCGAGGAAGCCUUCACCGAAGCUCGGAGGUUGUUGCACGAGAAUAGGCUCGAAGAUAAAGAUCUGGACGAGCUAGAUGAGCUCGAAGACGAGGAGGAUGAAGCCUUUCUCGACUCUUAUCGCCGGAAACGCAUGACCGAAAUCCAAACAUUGCAGAACGCCAGCGUCUACGGCCAGGUGUAUCCUGUACAGAAGCCUGAGUAUGCGAAGGAGGUGACGGAGGCGAGUAAGCAUGCUUGGGUACUCGUACUGCUCACUUCCAGCUCCGGCACCAACGUGGAGUCUCAGCUCAUGAUACAGGUUUGGCGGCAACUAGCGAUCAAAUUUGGAGACAUUAAGUUCUGUCAGAUGCAGGCCGAUCUGUGCAUCGAUGGAUAUCCGGACCGCAACACGCCUACGCUGCUCGUCUACCGAGAUGGCGAGAUUCGAAGGCAGGUGGUUACGUUGGGGGAGCUAAAUGGGAACAAGACCGACUUAGACGACCUUGAAAGCUUACUUGUGACCCUUGGCGCGAUAAAGGCUGGGGAUCGUAGGCUAAAGCGUAGAGAUGGCGCAGCCGACGAUAUAACGGCAGAGCAACAAGCACGAUCCAUCCGGCAAAGCGACCGAAAAGGUGCAAGUGUUGCGGACGACGAAGAUGAUGAAUGGGACUAG